UGAUGUACAAGCGGAAGUAGGUGUGCAUCGAUGAAACGUUCCCCGGCACCCAAACCCGGUCUGUGUCAUGGACUAUCUGAGAGGGAGUAGAACACUAAGGUUCGGGCUGCCGAUGCUGAUACUUAUUAUUGGAGGAUCCUUUGGUCUCCGUGAAUUUGCCCAAGUUCGGUAUGAUGUCCAAAAGGUGAAGAGAAAGUUGGAUCCUGCACUUGAAGCACAGUUAAAGAAGAAUAAAGACAAGGUUACACUGGAGUCAGAAUAUCAGAAACUUCCAAAGCCUGACUCUGAAUGGGUAAACAUCAGAGGACCACGUCCCUGGGAAGAUUCAAAAGCUGUCCAAGAACAACAACGGAAGAUUCAAAUUGGGAGCAGCAUUAAAUAGUGACGUGAAUCGUCUGGUUGUUAUUCACUUGUGUCUGGAAACUGAAUACCUCAGCUAAUUUGAAUUUAAAAUGUUAUAUACAUAAAAAUAUUUGCAAUGCC